CACUCUGUAUGUUUCACACGGACUACAGUUCUGACCGGACACAGCUCAGCCACAGACUGAAGGACCUAGAGUGCAUUAUGGCUCCUCAUGUGCUCCUGCUGCCCGCUUUGGUCCUGUCUGCUCUGACUUUAGUGCACAUGUCUUACGCUCAGCAGCCGGAGGAGUCCUGCACCAUUCAGAUUCUGGUCCCAGGGCUCAAAGGAGAGCCAGGGGACAAGGGCCAGAAAGGGGCUCCGGGACGACCUGGAAGAGUGGGGCCUCCAGGAGAGAUGGGCCCACCUGGGAUUAAAGGGCACAAAGGAGUUUUGGGACGCCAUGGAAAAGUGGGGCCCAGUGGAAUGAAAGGCAAUAAAGGAGAAAUGGGAGACCCUGGUCCAAAAGGUCCAAAUGGAGAGCCAGGGCUGCCCUGUGAGUGCGCUCCAAUAAGAAAGAUGAUCGGAGAGAUGGAGCUCCUUGUGGUCCAGUUAUCCUCAGAACUGAAAUUCAUUAAAAAUGCCCUGCCCUCCCCUGCAGCUGUCGCUGGCAUAAAAGAGACAGAGACUAAGGUGUAUUUGCUGGUGAAGGAGGAGAAACGCUACUGGGACGCUCAGCUCUACUGCCAGGCGAGGGGAGGGCACCUGGCCAUGCCAAAAGACACUGUCUCCAACUCUGUCCUGGCCACGUACCUCCGGGAGCAGGGGGUGGGCAGGGUCUACAUUGGCCUGAACGAUGUGGAGCGAGAGGGUGUCUUCAUCUACGUGGACUCCUCUCCCAUGAGCACCUUCAGCGCCUGGAGACGAGGGGAGCCCAACAACGCCUAUGAUGAUGAGGACUGUACAGACCUGCUGUCGUCCGGGGAGUGGACCGAUGUGUCCUGUACCCCUACUAUGUACUUUGUCUGCGAGUUCACCAAGGACAGCAUCUGAUACACCGGCAUCAUGGAGUCAUGUGUGAGAGGGAGGGGUCUUUAUUAUUGAAGACACU